UUCGGAUGACCGUCGUGUGUGAAGAUCCAGAUUGUUGGAUUAGUCGCCUCCCUCUGACCUCCGACGCCUCUGCAGCAAACUGCUCUAUCUACAGCCAAGGCGAGGACUUGUUCUGUAAGGUGAUGAAAGAGCUUACGGCCGGUGAAAGGCUCGUGGCGUUCGUGUCUCCUGUUCCGCUGGGCUCCUCCUCUCCGGUGGCCCAAGGCUCUCCUCCACUGAGCCUUGUCGCCCACAAACAACCUGUGGUGAAGGAGGAGCCGUCGUACCCGGCGGCGCUGCACUCAGAGAUCCAGCUCCUCCCGCAGCAAGCUGGCAUGGCAGCAAUCUUGGCUACUGCUGUUGUCAAUAAGGAUAUUUUCCCAUGUAAGGACUGUGGGAUCUGGUACCGUAGUGAGAGGAACCUGCAGGCCCAUCUUAUGUACUAUUGUGCCAGCCGACAGAAGCAGCCAGCUGCAGCUUCCUCCCCUCCACAAGACAAACCCAAGGAGUCCUACCCCAAUGAACGCAUCUGCCCCUUCCCGCAGUGCAACAAGAGCUGCCCCAGUGCCAGCUCACUCGAGAUCCACAUGCGCACACACAGUGGCGAGCGUCCAUUUGUCUGUCUCAUCUGUCUGUCAGCAUUCACCACUAAAGCGAACUGUGAGCGGCACCUUAAGGUCCAUACGGACACCCUGAACGGGGUGUGUCACGGCUGCGGCUUCGUCUCCACCACGAGGGACAUCCUCUACAGCCAUCUGGUCACCAGCCACAUGGUUUGCCAGCCUGGAUCUCGCAGUGAGGUGUACUCUCCGGGGCCAGGUCUCCCUAAGCUACCCCUGUCCAUCGGUCUGAGUCCAGGAGACUCUGGUGUCGUGCUGAAGUGUCAAGUUUGUGGCCACAACGCUGACUCGCCUGCUCAGCUCCAGCAACAUGUACGAACUCACCUGGAAGUCAGGGUCCCGGCUGAAAGAAGCCCUACUCCUCGUCAGAGUACCCCAUCGUCGGUCGACCACUCCCAACCGUCUCCCCCGGAGAAGGAACCCCUGGCUUCAUCCAGUCCAGGCACGAACGGAGGCUCAGCCACUCCUCGAGACUGCAGUCCUGCUGAUGACCAGAUCCUGGAGUUAAAGAUCAAAGAGGAGCCUCAUUCAGAUUCAGACACAGAAGAGCAGAAAAUGGAGAUUAAGGAGGAUGGAGAGGAGGAGGAGGAGGAGGAGAUGGGUGAAGAGGAGGUAGAUCAAGAGGCAGGAAGGAACAUAAAAGAGGUGCAAACGACCUCCUCCAGCCAAACAUCGAACUCGCCGAAGAGUCCAGCUACAACAACGGUGAAGGCAGAACCCACUAGUCCCACCCCUGGUUCUAGCCCUGCCCAUAUGGGAGGUGCAGGCUCAGUUGUUCCAGGAGGAGCGCUGUUCCUGCCUCAGUACAUGUUUAACCCCGAGGCAGCCAUCCUGCCUCAGGCCUCGGAGAUCCUGGCUAAAAUGUCAGAGAUGGUCCACAGUCGCCUAAAGCAGGGCCAGACGGUCGCCCAGAACAACGCCGCAGCCUUCUUUCCUUCUGGACCGACUGCACCCACGGCGACAGCCACUCCACCUCACAAAGGAGCUACCUGCUUCGAGUGCGAUAUCACCUUCAAUAACAUCAACAAUUUCUAUGCACACAAGAGGCUUUAUUGCUCAAGCAGGCAUCAAGGCGAAGGCGCAUCCUCAGCCUCGGGCGCCGCAUUGACUAGAGACGCAGCCUCGGCCGCCGCGCCUUCUGCUGGGACACGCGGCUCAUCUGCAUCUCCUCAGGGCGGAGCGUCAAGUAGGGCCGCCUCUGCCUCGCCGUCUGACUCCGAGCCUCCUGCAGGAAGUGGAGCAGCAGAAUCCAGGAGGGUGCUGGAGGUGAAGACCGAACCUCCAGCGGGGACAGAGGGAAUCCCGUCCUCUUCUGAAGGGGAAGGUGCAGGUACGAGUGUGGGAGGCGGAGGAGGAGGACGAGCAAGUGAAGGCAGCCAGAGUCCUGCUAGCGGUUCCACAGAGGACCUUGAUGACGAUCCCAACAGAACCUUCUGCGAAGCCUGCAACAUCCGUUUCAGCCGUCACGACAACUACACUGUCCACAAACGUUUCUACUGUGCGUCGCGCCACGACCCGUCCAACCAGAGAGCCGUACACAUGGCCAAGACCACCAACACAGCCGCCUUCAUUCCGCAGCCCAUCCGAACACGCAAAAGAAAGAAGAUGUAUGAGAUUCACAUGGCGAGAACCGAGGCGUUAGCUAACGCUGCCGCUGCUGCAGCAGCGGCGGCAGCCACUGCCGCCGCCUCUGCUCCAUCCCCCUCGGUUCUGGGCUUGGUAGUAAAGCAGGAAGUCUCUCCCAGUGGUGCAGGUGGCUCAAGCCCCGAAGGAGAUGGCCCAAUCGACCUGAGCAAGAGGCCCCGUCUCAGAGAUGCUCCACGGCACGGCGGCAGCGGCGGCGGCAGCAGCAUUCUCCCAGCCCUGCCUCUCACCGACUACCACAAGUGCACAGCCUGCAGCAUCAGUUUCAACAGUAUUGAGAACUACCUGGCUCAUAAAACAUACUACUGCCCCGCCACCACCCUCCAACCCCACACUUUGGAGCAGCUUCACAGGCUCAAGAGAUCAGCCUCCACCUCUCCAAAAAGCAGGCCUCAGCAGGAGCGUUCGGAUCUCCUGCACCCUGUGGAGAAUAAAGCUCACCCAGCUGAGUGGGUGGCCCAGGCUCAGGGCACGUCAUCCAGUCCUCACACCUCUGCCUUACCCGCCUCGGAUGCUGCAUCUCCUUUGCAUACGAAUACCACACUUGCAGCCUCUCCAGGAGCUGGAGCCAAAAGCGUGGUCACGGCUUCUGCUCAGAUGGUCUGCCCAUACUGUCCCAACAGGCCCAUCGCUGGUGACUUGAUGGAGCAUUUCAAGACUACCCACGGGCUGGUUGUAACCAUUCAGCCACCCCAGGAGACUCUGCCCCAUCUGGGCAGAACAGCGAGCCGCAGCCCGAGCCUGAGUCCCAGGGACGGAGCCGCCGCAGCGACUUCAGCUACUCCAACCAACCAGGCCAGACUUGUCUCUCGAGUUCACAGAGACAGCAUCAACGGGCAGGGUCGGAGUGGUACAGCUUCCCCCGUUUCGCCCCUAGUGAACGGCAGCCCCUCCGCCGGGGGCGGAUCACCGUUAGCCAGUUCUCCUCUGCCUGUGUCUCCCCCAAGGGCUCCGUCUCUGACUUUGUCACCUGUGCCUGAGGUCCUGAGGGAGAAGCUGGGAUCGUCACACGUUCCGGACAAGGCCGCCCAGACCGCGGCCUCCCACGCGAUCCCCGUACCCAGCGUCAGUCCUAAAACCACCCCGGUCAUCUCCCCCGUGCAGAACGGUAACUCGCGCUUCUGUCGGCUGUGCAACAUCAAGUUCAGCAGCCUCUCCACGUUCAUAGCUCACAAGAAAUACUACUGCUCUUCCCACAGUGCCGAACACGUUAAGUGAGCUAAGACACUUUUGAUUUUUCCCUUCCCUUUCAUCUUUCUGAGCGGAAGUUUUCCUUCACUAAGUUUUAAAUGGCUCAGAGGGUCCUCCUCCCCCGCCAGUGUCCCACAUAGGUGCCAAAACGGGUGGCAUCACCACGAAUGACAGUGAACGACUGUUACUCACCUGGCAAGGCCUGAUGCCUGGCUCCUCCGGAGCAGAAUUCCCAGGUGGUGUUACUCACAUACAGAAACUGAAAUUCCUCCUAUGGGUCAAAGUGUGUAGUACACUAAGAGCUGAGACACAUGCUACCUGCACACUGGUGUGCCCUCGUCCCGAAGAUCACUCUUUGUACACCAGUCGCCGAUUCAACACUUACCACACCCUCGCCUCACAGUAGUGUUAUUAUGGGACGCUAAAUAGAUGUAUGUCAACAAAACCUUUUUUCCGUCUCUGAACUGAGCUUUUCAUGGCAGUAAUUCCAUUCUGACUGAUGAUGAUGAUGAUGAUAGUGCAUCUCCAGUGUUUCCCCGCCCCCUGAGCUCUUUUACGUUCCCAGACCUAAACGGAGGAAUCACUUCUCUCGUGUGGAAAAAAAAAAGACUUGAUCAUUGUUGAUGUUUUUAUUAUCUGUGCAUAGUGUAUGAUGUCUGAAAAGAAAAGAAUUCUAUGCUUUUGGGUUCAACACUGGCUCUUUUCUGCUUACUAGAGAAGCUGAGGCAUUUUAGCUGACACGCAGAUACGUGCUAUCAUGAUGUUACUAAUUACUGAAGGAUAAUAUUUCAAAAUGGGACUUUUUUUUUCCUUUCAUACACACAAAUUUUUAUUUUCUCUGUAAAAAAAAAAAAUGCAAGGAAGAAGAAAAAAGAUGUGAAAUAUUUAUCUUUUAGUCGUCACUGAUUUCAUGUCAACAGAAAACUACCUACUUAGUGUCCGAGAGUAUUUGUAUUUUUUAUUUGUAUAUUUUUCAUACUGGUGGAAAGUUUGGAUCGGGGUGUGUUGAAGUGAAUUUUCUAAGUGUAGAUAUGUAAUAUCUUUUCACAGUAAUCGCUGGGAUCACACUGAACUUUAUCAUGUUAGUAUUUCUCGUUCUGUUAAUGUGGGCUGUAAUCGACGCCGUCUGAAAACCAGCACAGCUUUUCCUUUUUUUGUCUUUCUAUUUUUAACCCCACGAUUCGUGCAGAACAGCCGUUCGUUUCCACGCCGUCACGUCCGAACAUUGAAGGGAGCUCGUUGGACACUGCUGCGUUCACACUUUGGUGAGAGUGACGAAGCUUUCCACAUUUUUAGGUUACGCGAAAAUCCACAUUUUCAGUAAGAUGUUUGUCUUCAGACACACACACACAGCUUUACAUUAUUUGUUGCAAACUUCACUCUCAUACUAAGGCAUAUUUAUUAUUAUGAUUGUACUUCUCUCCGGCAAUGAAGGCAAAACAGUGAACAGUCACAUGUUGGUGUAAGACAAAAGAAAAGUAAGCACAUAUAACCAUAUGUUGUGGCUGUGGUGUGUGUGUGUGUGUCUCAUUUGUGCACAGACACACCAGAUGUUCCCGUGCUGCUGUUGCAGUUGCAAUACAGUGUUACCUAGAACUGUGAAUUACUUUUUAUUUUUCCGACUGUGAUGCAAACUAACCUGUAGCUGCCGAGGGGUAAAAAUCUGCAUCUACAUCACAGCGUUUAUCUCCCCCCCAACCCCCGCCCCCCCAGCUUCUCUCAGGUUUUUAGCUCUUUUCAUUGUGAGUAGGGAUGGAACGAUACCAAUUUUUUCAAACCGAUACGAUACCGAUACUUGGAUCUGAGUACUUGCCGAUACAGAGUACAA